UGCACAUGUGUAAUUCCAAUCUGUCAUUAUAAUUAUACAAAAAAGAACCGUUAAAAGUCUAGGUAGUGACGUGAACAAAAAUUUUCAAAAUUUGGGUUCUAUAUUUACAUUUAAUAUAGUGGCGAGAUGUUGACGAAAUUUGAAACCAAAUCAGCUCGAGUAAAAGGCCUCUCAUUUCAUUCCAAACGACCCUGGAUUCUAGCUAGCCUGCACAAUGGAGUCAUACAGUUAUGGGAUUACAGAAUGUGCACGUUGCUUGAUAAAUUUGAUGAACAUGAUGGUCCUGUGCGCGGAAUAUGUUUUCACACUCAGCAACCUUUGUUUGUGUCUGGAGGAGAUGAUUAUAAAAUCAAAGUUUGGAACUAUAAGCUACGAAGAUGUAUUUUUACUUUACUUGGACACUUAGACUAUAUCAGAACAACUGUUUUUCAUCAUGAAUAUCCUUGGAUUUUAAGUGCAUCAGACGAUCAAACAAUUAGAGUGUGGAAUUGGCAGAGUCGAACAUGUAUUUGUGUUUUAACUGGACAUAAUCAUUACGUUAUGUGUGCUCAGUUUCAUCCAUCAGAAGAUAUUAUAGUUUCAGCUUCUCUUGAUCAAACAGUCAGAAUAUGGGAUAUUUCAGGACUUAGAAAAAAAAAUGUAGCUCCUGGUCCAAGUGGGCUAGAUGAUCACUUGAAAAGUCCGGGCUCUACAGAUUUGUUUGGACAAGCCGAUGCUUUAGUAAAGCAUGUGUUAGAAGGACAUGAUCGGGGAGUAAAUUGGGCAUGUUUUCACUCUAAUUUACCACUAAUUGUGUCUGGUGCUGACGAUCGUCAAAUAAAAAUGUGGCGAACAAAUGAUGCUAAGGCAUGGGAAGUUGAUACAUGCCGUGGUCAUUACAACAACGUAUCUUGUGUGCUAUUUCACCCAAGACAGGAAAUAAUUUUAUCUAAUUCUGAAGAUAAGAGCAUUCGCAUUUGGGACAUGACAAAACGGACAUGUUUGCACACUUUUAGACGAGAACAUGAACGGUUUUGGGUACUAGCAGCACAUCCAACAUUAAACUUGUUUGCCGCUGGGCACGAUUCAGGAAUGCUUAUUUUUAAACUAGAAAGAGAGAGACCAGCAUAUACCGUUCAUAACAAUUUAUUAUACUAUAUUAAAGAUCGUUUCUUACGUAAGCUUGAUUUUAGCACGUCAAAGGAUACAUCGGUCAUGCAAGUAAGAGGGGGUGGUAAAAUUCCUGCCUACAGUAUUUCUUACAAUCAAGCUGAAAAUGCUGUACUAAUUUGUACAAGAUCUUAUGCCAAUAUUGAAAAUGGUACUUACGACUUGUAUAUUCUACCUUCAGAUGAUAAUACCGAACCAGAAACGAAACGAGCUUCAGGAAUUACAGCUCUUUGGGUAGCCAGGAAUCGAUUUGCCGUUCUUGAUAAGCAUGUUGGUUCCUACUCUCUUGUUAUAAAAAAUCUUAAGAACGAGAUUUCAAAAAAAAUUCCUAUUCCAAAUUACGACGAAAUAUUUUAUGCUGGUACUGGAAUGAUUUUACUGCGUGAUUCAGACCAAAUAGUGCUGUUCGACAUUCAACAGAAAAAAACUUUAGCUGAAGUCAAAAUUCCAAAAUGUCGGUACGUUAUUUGGUCAAAUGAUAUGAUUUAUGUUGCACUUUUAUCCAAACAUUCCGUUGUAAUAUGCAAUCGAAGAUUAGAGCAUUUAUGUACAGUGCAGGAAAACACAAGAAUCAAAUCAGGGGCAUGGGAUGAUUCAAAUGUAUUUAUUUAUACUACAAGUAACCAUAUAAAAUAUGCAAUUAGUAAUGGUGACUACGGAAUUAUACGUACCUUAGAUCUUCCUAUUUAUAUUACUAAAAUAAAAAGUGAUCAAGUAUAUUGUCUGGAUCGCGAGUGCAAACCAAGAAUUUUUAGAAUCGAUACGACAGAAUUUAAAUUUAAAUUAUCUUUAAUUGAUCGAAAAUAUGAGGAGGUUUUACGGAUGGUUCGCUCAUCUAAUCUUGUUGGUCAAUCAAUUAUAUCAUAUUUACAACAGAAAGGUUAUCCAGAAGUAGCACUACAUUUUGUCAAAGAUGAAAAAACUAGAUUUAGCUUAGCUUUAGAAUGUAGUAAUAUUGAAAUAGCAUUAGAAGCAGCUCGAAUAUUAGACCAAAAAUUUUGUUGGGAAAGCUUAGCGAAUGCUGCUUUGUUGGAAGGAAAUCAUCAAGUUGUUGAAAUGUGCUACCAAAGAACAAAAAAUUUUGAGAAAUUAGCUUUUCUCUAUCUUAUUACUGGUAACUUGGAAAAGUUAAAAAAAAUGACAAAAAUAGCAGAAAUUCGAAAAGAUUUUUCAGGAUGUUACCAAGGAUGUUUAUUAAUAGGUGACAUUGAAGAACAAUCAAAAAUAUUAAAGAAUUCUGGUCAGUUUAUUUUAGCUAAUGUUGCAAGUAAGACAUACAAAUUAGGCUGCCAAAAUGAUUCCGAGGAAAAUAAUAACGCAGAGGAUUUAUGUGCUGACCUUGGUACAGAAUCGUUUUAUAUGAGCCCUCCUAUACCUGUUAGUCAAAUAGAUUGUAACUGGCCCUUGCUUACUGUAUCUAAAGGGUUUUUUGAUACAACAGUGACUGCAAGAAACAAAAAUCAGAUAAGUUCCUCUUUGACUCCCCAAGAAAAUAUUCUGAUUGCUGAAGGUUGGGGAAGUGAAGAAGAUGAAGUUAUAACAAAUGAUAAAGAACCAACUAAUGAUAUGACAAAAAAUAAUAAUGAUCGGAGUGAAUAUAUUGGUUGGGAUGUUGAAGACGUUGAUUUACCAACUGAAUUAGAAUCAUUUAACACACCACAAUCUAAUGAUAAUUAUUUCGCCUGUCCAGUUAAAGGAAUACCAGUGGUACAAAAUUGGAUUAAUAAUUCGCAAUUAGCUGUCGAUCAUGUCUUAGCUGGAUCUUAUGAAUCUGCGUUUAGAUUGCUACAUGAACAAAUAGGCGUGGUAAAUUUUAAUAAAUUUAAACCAAUCUUUACGAGUUUAUAUUCUUGUUCAAAAGCAUCUAUAUCGUUACUGACAAGUCUACCUUCACUACACAAUCUUUUAUUAAGAAGCUUUAAGGAAAAUCAUUCAAAGUUAGGUUUUCCAGCUAUAGCAUUACAUCUUUCUGACCUUGUUCAACAUUUGCAAGUAAGUUAUCAUUUAACUACAGCUGGAAAAUUUAGUGAAGCCAUCGACAAGCUGCAGUCAAUUCUUCUUAGUAUACCAUUACUAGCUUUAGAUUCAAGGCAAGAUAUUGCUGAAGCUCAACAACUUGUUCAAAUAUGUCGAGAGUAUAUAUUAGUUUUAAAAAUAGAAUGUGAAAGAAAAAACAUUUUAAAAACAAGUUCGGAUAACCAAAAAAGAAUUUGUGAAAUGGUAGCUUACUUUACACAUUGUCACUUACAACCAGUUCAUCAAAUUCUUACGUUAAGGACAGCUGUAAAUACAUUAUUUAAAUAUAAAAACUAUAAGACAGCUAGGUCAUUUGCCAGGAGAUUAUUGGAACUGGGUCCAAGACCAGAUGUAGCUCAACAAGUUAGACAAGUGUUACAGGUUUGCGAUAAAAAUCCUGUCGAUGAACACUCGUUAGACUAUGAUGAACACAAUCCAUUUACAAUUUGUGCUAUAUCAUUUACACCAAUUUAUCGAGGAAAACCUGAAGUAAAGUGCCCGUUUUGUAAUGUUAGCUAUCAAGUGCAAUUUAAAAACUUGGCUUGUAAUAUUUGUGAAGUCUCGCUAAUUGGUAAACAAUGUAGUGGAUUGAAACUAAGCUUAAUACAAACAAAAAACUAAUGAUUGACUCAUUUACGUAAACAUUCAUGUACACAUGAAUACACAAAUCGGUGUACAACGAUAUAUAUAUAUAAACACAUUUGUUACAUUAUCAGCUCUGAAAAAUUCAUACUUAUUUAUAAUAAAUCAAGUCAUUUUUUUAAAUUAUGUGAAAAUACAUUCAUCCU